AAGUUAUGGAAGAAGGAAGAGAUGAAGAUGAAGUACCUCAAAUGCAGGUUGUAUUGCAUGAGGACAAAAAGUAUUACCCAACAGCGGAAGAAGUUUAUGGUCCUGAAGUUGAAACAAUUGUUCAGGAAGAAGAUACACAAGCUCUUACUGAGCCAAUUAUUGCUCCGAUCAAAUCAAAGAAAUUUUCACACAUCGAACAGGAUCUACCCAAUACAACAUACGAUUUAGAAUUUCUUGCUGAUUUAAUGGAUAAUUCUAACCUGAUAAGAAAUGUUGCAUUAGUUGGUCACCUUCAUCACGGGAAAACAUCAUUUGUGGAUUGUUUAAUUGAACAAACACAUCCAGAUCUGAGAACGAGAGAAGGAAAACGGUUGAGAUAUACAGAUACUCUUUAUACAGAACAGGAGAGAGGUGUUAGCAUCAAAGCCACACCAAUUACUUUUGUUCUGCAAGAUUUAAAAGGGAAAUCAUAUUUAAUGAAUGUGUUUGAUACACCCGGACAUGUUAAUUUUUCUGACGAAGUUACUGCUGCUAUUAGAUUGUGUGAUGGAAUAGUUCUGUUUGUUGAUGCUGCAGAAGGAGUAAUGCUAAAUACCGAAAGACUACUGAAACAUGCUGUUCAAGAACGUCUCGCCAUUACUAUCUGCAUUAACAAGAUAGAUAGACUGAUGAUGGAAUUAAAAUUGCCUCCUCAAGAUGCAUAUUAUAAAUUAAGACAUAUUGUUGAAGAAAUUAAUGGAUUAUUGAGUAUGUAUUCAGACGAAAGUGAUCAUCCAGUGAUUUCACCACUAUUAGGAAAUGUGUGUUUUGCUAGUUCACAGUUUAGUAUGUGCUUUACUUUACGAUCCUUCGCCCAACUCUACUCUCAGGCUUAUGGAGGUAUUAAUGCGAGCGAAUUUGCACGAAGAUUAUGGGGAGAUAUCUAUUUUAAUAGUAAAACGAGAAAAUUUACUAAGAAACCACCUCACAGUACAGUGCAAAGGAGUUUUGUAGAAUUCAUUUUAGAACCAAUUUAUAAAUUGUUUGCUCAGGUUGUUGGAGAUGUUGACAGUGCUCUUCCAAUGUUGUUGGAAGAAUUAUGCAUAAAAUUGUCUAAGACAGAAACAAAAUUAAAUGUACGACCUCUGCUCAGAUUGAUAUGCACUCGUUUUAUGGGGGAUUUUAAUGGUUUUGUGGAUAUGUGUGUCAAUCACAUUCCAUCACCCUCGGCAAAUGCCAAGACAAAAGUAAAGCAUAUUUACACUGGAUCCAGUAGUUCCGAUUUUGCAAAUUCAAUGGCCGAGUGCAGUUCUGAUGGUCCUCUGGUUGUUCAUACGACAAAGCAAUAUUCUACUCAUGAUGCUACUAGCUUUCACGUAUUUGGGCGAAUUCUGAGUGGAACUUUGCAUGCCAACCAGGAUGUCAGAAUUCUUGGAGAAAAUUACACUUCGACAGAUGAAGAAGACUCUCGCAUUUUAACUUGUGGAAGAUUAUGGAUAUACGAAGCUAGGUAUAAAAUUGAAGUAAGUAGAGUUCCUGCUGGAAACUGGGUCUUAAUUGAAGGAAUAGAUCAGCCCAUAGUAAAGACGGCCACGAUAGUCGACGUUGGUGAACAAGAAGAACUGUUUAUCUGUCGCCCUCUAAAGUUUAACACUCAAUCUGUCAUAAAAAUUGCUGUAGAACCUGUGAAUCCAUCAGAAUUGCCAAAGAUGUUGGAUGGACUCAGAAAAGUCAACAAAUCUUACCCAUUAUUAAGUACAAAGGUAGAAGAAUCUGGUGAACACGUUGUUCUCGGCACUGGAGAACUCUAUUUAGAUUGCGUAAUGCAUGAUUUACGUAAAAUGUAUUCAGAAAUAGACAUAAAAGUGGCUGAUCCUGUCGUCUGCUUUUGUGAAACUGUCGUAGAGACUUCUUCUUUGAAAUGCUUUGCGGAAACACCAAAUAAGAAAAAUAAAAUCACCAUGAUCGCUGAGCCUCUGGAGAAGGGACUGGCCGAAGACUUAGAAAAUGAAGUUGUACAGAUCACCUGGAAUCGUAAGGCUCUCAGUGAAUUUUUCCAAACCAAAUACGAAUGGGAUCUCCUGGCGUCUCGAUCCAUUUGGGCAUUUGGUCCCGACUCAACCGGUCCUAACAUCCUGGUAGACGACACGCUUCCUUCCGAAGUGGACAAAAACUUAUUAAAUAUGGUCAAGGACAGUAUCAUUCAAGGUUUUCAGUGGGCUACUAGAGAAGGCCCACUCUGUGAAGAACCAAUCAGGAAUGUCAAAUUCAAAAUUCUGGAUGCCGUGAUAGCGUCAGAACCGAUACACAGGGGAGGAGGACAGAUCAUUCCCACCGCCCGUCGGGUGGCCUACUCCGCCUUUCUCAUGGCGACUCCCCGUCUCAUGGAACCCUAUUAUUUUGUGGAAGUCCAGGCUCCAGCCGACUGCGUCUCUGCAGUCUAUACCGUUCUGGCACGCCGCAGGGGCCACGUCACACAGGAUGCUCCUGUGCCAGGUUCACCGCUCUACACCAUCAAGGCCUUCAUUCCGGCCAUCGAUUCGUUUGGCUUCGAGACCGACCUACGGACGCACACUCAGGGACAAGCCUUCUGUCUCUCCGUCUUCCACCAUUGGCAGAUUGUUCCAGGUGAUCCGUUAGACAAGAGCAUAGUAAUAAGGCCUCUGGAGCCCCAACCUGCACCACACCUGGCCAGAGAGUUCAUGAUCAAGACCCGCAGGAGAAAGGGCCUCAGCGAAGACGUGAGCAUCAACAAAUUUUUCGACGAUCCCAUGUUGCUGGAAUUGGCCAGACAGGACGUCAUGCUCAACUAUCCUCUGUAGACUUGGCGGCAUUUUGCACACAAUCAGUCAAUAAACCAGUCACACUUUUAACAAAA